AUGGACGUCGAGUCCCUCAAAAGCGCGCUAUCUCUGCAGGACGAUGAAGUGGAUGAAGAUCUCGGCGUUGCGCUGACCAGUCUCGUUAUCACUGCGGUGCACGACAAGGAUCCAAAGUGCACUUUGUCCGCCGUUCUGGAUGCAAUAAACCACGCAGGUAGUGCCCGCUCUCUCGAGCCGUUAACGAUCAUCCCGAUUGUGGUUUUGAGCACCCGCGACGGUGCUGACAACCUCAUGGAUCUAAUGGCAAGGGAGAACAGUGCCAAGGAAGUUAUGAUGGCGGCCGAGGAGUCUAUGGAACGUCUGCAUCUUUGGUUACAAUCAGGGGAUGACGAAGAUGAGGAGCAUAGCGAGUCGCAGGGUCGUGCGUCUGCAGCCCAACAGCUCAUACGUCUCAUCCGAUCCUACGCUAUCGCGAUACCUAGAUUGCCCACGUGGAAGAAAUCGCCGGCAAAUGCUCUCCGGUCUCGGAUAUCAGAGCUGGAGUCGACAAUAUCUUCGAUCGGUGCUGAAGUGACGCGCGACGAGGCCCUUGGGAUUGUGGAGGCGGUGGUACAGUGUGGGUCUGCGUUGGCUGAGGGUUCCGACGACGAAGCCAAAGCUAUUCUCGUCCAUGUCCUCGAGGAGACGACUAUGACGUUUGCCAACUCGUUCAAAGCGUCCUUGGCGAAGGCCGCCUUUUCCACGCACUUUCCCCGGCUCAUUGUUCCUCAACUUCAACCCGCGGGCAGCGAAGCGCGCUCCCGAGACAGAGUCGCCGAUGUCUGGCAUACAUUGCAGGUGCUGGGCGUCACCUCGAAAUCUUGUGAAUCGUCGCCCUCGUUGUCUCACUUCAUUCUACUUGCCCAUGACCGAUCGUACACUUUCUCAUUGGCGACUAUCACAUCUUUCUUCCCGGUUAUCCUCGCCUCUAUCCAACUCAACGUGGCUUUUGACGAAACUCUCUCGGUCCUCCUCUCGGUCUUCGCAAAGCUACGCCAGGAUGUACCUCAUUUCACUUUGGACACCGAUCUGAUAGCCCCGCUUCUGGAUCUACUCCCCCACGUGGCCAGCAACCACAGUGAAUCGGAUAUUCGUCACUACGCCUUCCGUGUCAUCUCCCUUAUCCUCAUCUUAUCCCCGUCUUUGGUUCGCCUUCGUGCCUUGCAGGAGCUGCUCAGCGAUAAAGACCUCCCAAUUCAGAUGCGAGUCGCUGCUGUCGGCUUGCUCAAGGAAGCCGUUUUGGAGGGCCUGUCAGCCCCUGACGGCAACGUGUUUGCGACCCCUCUGCUUCUGACCACCUUUGGACCAGUUGUUCUUCGGCUGGACGAUGCAGCAACUCUGGAUUUGGAGGGCUUCAUGGACAGCGCUGAGCCUUUGCGCUUGGUGGAAUGCCUGGGGUUCUAUUACGUCGUUCUACAGAGAGACCUGCACAACCAGACUGGCGUCAGAGACGCCGAGUCAUUGAGGAACGUGCAGCUGGCGCUUUUGUCCCCUCUACGCACCCACUUGGAACGUUGGAAAGCCGGUAUGGCGUCUCUCCUAUCAAAUACUGGCGAUCAUGAUGCCGAGCUGCAGCUCGGCAUCCUGGGGAUGUGGACAGACCGGGUUCAAGGCGCUAUCGACGCCAUUGCUGUUUAG